AUGCGUGCAGCACAGCCGGCACCAUGGCAGCGCAAGCUAUACCUAAAGCAAAACUAUCCUGACAACCACGUAGAUCCUGCCUUCUUGACCUUCGUCAAAGAGCGACACCACGAUGCAACUCCUCUGAAUUACUGGAAUCUAGUCAUGCAAACUGGAGCCAUUACUCAACAGGUCGCUACCACCAUCAUGUUGAUCUAUUGCUUUACCCAAUUGCAAUCCAAACAUUCGACAACUUUUCUGGUGUCGUUGGGUCUGGCGCUCCUUUUUGUUGGUGGGAUUGUGUUGUGGUGUCAGCAGGGAGCAUGGAUUCAAUCUGACGCAACAAGACUUCGAGCAGUCGCGUUACUCUUGGCUGCCCUGCUACUAUUAUCUCCAGUCCUGAAAACUCUGACGCAAGAUACAUCGGACGAUACUCUUUAUGCUCUCACGACACUUCUGUUUAUUUGCAACUGGCUCUUUCAUGACUAUAAUGUUGAGCAGAACGUGACAUUCAGAUUUCCAGACUCCGUCUCGAUAAACGCUGCCAUUUUUGCUUCAGUACUGUUAGCGUCUCGGCUAUCGACCUCGCUACACGUGUUUGCUCUCAUGGCCACCUCAUUCGAGUUGUGUGCAUUGCUACCAGGAUUUCGAAGGGCGCUGAGAAGAUCAAGCAACAGCUCAAAUGUAGCUCUGACCUUGCUUAUGGGCAUCAUAUCUAUAUCCAUGCUGCUACAUCUAUCGCCGCCUAUUGGUCUCUUGUACAUGGCGGUUUUGAUUCUGGUGACGUUUGCAGGACCCGCUGUUCUCAUACAAUUUCAUCACAAGUACAAAAAGUGUGUUAUCUUGUCGCAGAUUUGGAUUGCAUAG